GGACGGACAUGAAACCGGAAAACCAAAUGCGCGGUGCGAUCUAAAAUUUGGCUUACCACUUGGUAUAAAUUGGCCGAAAUCGUUUGAUUAGGACACAGUUCAAUCGAUUGUCCAGUGCUGUAAACAACAUCCCUUUUUCAAAUCAAAAUGGCAUUCAAGUUCUUGACCUUCUGCGCCCUGGUGGCCGUUGCCCGUGCUGGAGUUCUCGCCCCAGUUUCUUACUCUGCCCCUCUGGCCUACGCCGCCCCAGUGACCAAGGUCGUUGCCGCUGCUCCAGUUCUGCACAAGACCGUCGUCGCCGAUGAGUACGACCCGAACCCCCAGUACUCCUACAGCUACGGAAUCUCCGAUGCCCUGACCGGUGACCACAAGUCCCAGCAGGAAUCCCGCAACGGAGAUGCCGUCCAGGGAUCUUACUCGCUGGUUGAUGCCGAUGGUUUCAAGCGCACCGUUGAGUACACCGCUGAUCCAGUCCAUGGAUUCAAUGCCGUCGUCCACCGUGAGCCACUGACCACCAAGGUUGUUGCCCCAGUUACCAAGGUCGUUGCCGCUGCCCCAGUCGCUUAUGCCGCUCCAGUCGCCAAGGUCGCCUAUGCCGCUCCAGUCGCCAAGGUCGCCUAUGCUGCCCCAGUCGCCUACGCUGCCCCAGUCACCAAGUACGUCGCUCAGCCAGCCGUCUACGCUGCCCCAGCUGUGACGAAGACCGUCGUAGCCCAGCCAGCCUACGGAGCCUAUGCCUACCACCACUAAGUCAAUCGAUUCUGAACAUGUCACCACCCUACCUGAAGCUCCCCUGUAUAUAACCGAAUAGAUUAAUUUCUGAUUAUAAACCAAAAAUACACAUACAGAAGCACAAA